AUGGACGGAGGCUGGAAUUUUCAAAAAAAUACCUCAAGACGCUUGCCGUUCAGCACUUCGCAGAGCGAAGGGUAUACGAGCACGCAGCUCAUGAAAAACACGUCGUCUGCGCCGAUCAUGCUCACAACCAAUGUUGUUCCCUCCAUGCUGCAGCAGAGCCCCUUGUCAUCAAGCAACCUGUCCUUUUCACCUAUGAAUGUUGGCCCUAGUUUUCAUCUUUCGAACACUUUGAAGCUAGCACAAGGGGAUAGAGAUAGAUUUUUGAGCGUCGGAUCGAAAUCCCAAGUCCUUGGGCUGGAGGUGAACGGGGCUAACAACGCCAAUACGUCUCUAUCGAGUCUUCUCUCACUGCUACAACAGUCAGGUCAGUUCGCCCCGCAAGUUUGGCAAUCGAUGAGCUCCUACCAUUCUGUGAGCCCUGCUCUGCUGGACAGCAGCAGCAAACCUUCGCCCCAGUCCUUCUUUACGGGAUCUGUCUACGACUUGUCAAGCGCCAAGCAACGCAACCAUCCUUACAUGGGCGCCCCUGCCUCCUUCAUGGAACAUGCACAAACUACGUUUGGGAGCGCUCCUGCUCACCAUGAGAUUGUUGCUAGGUCAGACCUGCCGUCUCCGUCCGGUGAUGAUAAGACGUCGCUUGCUGUGAAGAUGGCGCGAGCAAGAGAGAAGCAAGGAAGCAAGUGGAUGAAGGAGGCGUCGCAGAAGCAGAAGCCUCCCGGCUUGAGCAACACCGGGCAAGGCAACCAGGUUGUGGCCUUCAGAUAUUUCUUGGAAGAGGAGCAGAACAAGGGAGUCGUGCGCAUUAAAGCUCUCAACGCUCUGCAGACGGAGCAGGACCUGUGCGACCAGCGGAACCCCCUCGGACUGGAGGAAUGGGAGGUCAAGGACGUGGACCAGUGGUGGACCGAUGUGCAAACGUGGUUCGAAGAUGAUCCUCACAAGUUCAACUUCCGCGCCUUCUUCAUGAUGCUUCGCCGCUUCGGCUUCAAGCCCUUCAACAAGGCUCCUGCUCCCGCCAGCUCCGGUCUCGACUACGGACUCAAGAACCGCGAGGCGAGGAGGCAUGGCUACAUGUACUGCACUGAAGUGUUCGAGCGAUACUGCCAGAGCAGGAAGGCGAUAGCUAGGUACUGUAAGAAGAAGGAGGGAGGAGGGGAAGAGAAGGAGAAGGAGAUGGGCGACAAAGAAGACGAGUAA